AUGGCUUUCGCACGUAACAACACCCUGGACUUUGACGGACCGCCUGCGGUUGUGAUUAUAGCAGUCGAGUUCACGCUGGUCGGCAUCGCGGCCAUCCUGAUCGCCGCCCGAAUCUACCUGCGCAUCGGCCUCCAGGGCCUCCCGCCCAACGCGAGCGACAUAAUCGUGUGCGCCGCGUGGAUCACCUGCGCAGCGUUUAGUUCUUUCGACAUUGCGUAUCUCGACCUGGACGUGCUACGCCCCGAUCUCGCCUUCACCCUGCAGGGGUAUGGCGGUACAUCUGACAAGAUUGAGUUUGUCUGGAAGUUGCAAUGGGCCAGUCAGUUCCCCUUCUUCACGGCGUUUUACCUGUGCAAGGCGGCGCUCUUGACACUCUACGCUCGUCUGUUCCCGCCCUUUAUGAAGAUACGGCGGAGGAUCCUGUGGGCCACGAUGGUAUACUGCGGCUGCGCGUACACCGCGACCAUCUUGAUGGUAUUCUUCAUCUGCAGACCGCUGAAAGCAAAUUGGGUUACCGACCCGGCAGUAGCCUGUCCUGUGGACGUUUUCUUUCGUCUAUUCCAAAUCGCGUGGGCGUUGAACUUCGCCGCGGACAUUGCGAUCUUCUGCCUUCCUUUCCUCGUGCUAUACCGGCUCCAGUUGAAGCAGAGUGUCAAGAUCAGCGUCUACUGUACCUUCCUGAUAGGGCUCGUGAACCUGGGAGUCACGUUGGCGCGGCUGUUGGGUAUUCAGCUGUCACCUUCGCGGGGGUACCUCCGGUCCUUCACCACCAUCGAGCUCUGGAGUGCUCUCGACGUGAACAUUGGCCUUGUGAUCGCCUGCCUGCCGCCGCUGCGGCCCUAUCUGUCGUACAGUUGGGGGACCCGCUCGUCCCACUCGUCAACCCAGACGACGCCGAAAGAGCCCGGAGGCCGUUCCGAGCUCUCGGGGUCGACGUUGCAACGUGCGCAUUAUGGCGACAAGGUGUCGUCGUCGAGCGAGGCGUAUAGUGAGUUCGUCGCUGUCCGAAUCGCGGAGGAGGGGCACUGCGACGUCGAGGCGUUCGCCGCGUCGAAUCCCAAGCCACGGGGCCCGUACCACAGCAUGUGCGAUUGA